AUGUUAGGUGCCAACGUCUCAUAUCUUCAUUGUAGGGUCAUGCUUGGAGCCUCUGAUAGGACCGGGGAAUUUCGAGCAUGUACUCAAUUACUUCAUGAUCGUAUGCUUUCUGGUCGCCUGCGCCUCAAGCCCCCUCACCCUAAACGUAACUAUUCGUGUGACCAUGCUCCCACUGCUGAUCUCGUAGCUAAGUCAAAGCAAGUUUCUGAGGAGCUAAAAAUGACCGUUUCAAAGAUGUCUAAACUGAAACUUUUGCUCGAAAAUGCAUCACAUUCAUCUCCAGAAGUCCUCAGCAAGUUAAUUGAAGUAAUACAAUAUGAUAUAAUGGAUUUAAAUAAAACUAAACUUCAGUUAAAAGCCAACGUAUCCGAAGCUAAAGAGCGUUCAACUACUGGUCUUCAACACCUGAAACAUAUAGACCUUAUUGUCAUUGGAUUAGAAUAUCAUCUCUCAUUUCUUGUCUCUGAGUUUCGUGUUGUAUUGGAAGGACAUAAAACUUCUCUUUCGACAGACUCUAAAAAAUUAGAUGCUAACAUUCACGUAAAUACUGACCCAAAUCCAUCGACGGGAUAUACUGUAAACUCAGGGAUAAUCGAAUCUAAUAAACACUCUCCAAGCAACCAUACCUCAGCUACUUCUAUUCCGACCAUCCAUCUCUUAAAAGACCAGUUACUUGAAAACAAGAAUCAGCAAUGCUCAAGUAAUCUUUCUAACUCCACUCUGUCACAUGUACCGCCUAUACAUAACUCGUAUUCAGCUUCAAGUUUGCCGACUAUAAUACCUAUCGCAAAAUCAAAUGGUACUCUGACAGUUAAUCGAUCUGAGGUUUAUAACUCAUUUCAGGCAGAAACAAAAAGUCGGACAACAGAACAACUUCAAAUAUUUGCUAGUAAUCCACAUGUCUCUCUUAUCGAUCAGGAAGUUCGUCAACGUGAUGCUGCAAUUCGACGGGUAGAAUCAACUAUUGUUCAACUUGGAGAGAUUUACCAACAAUUCUCUACUUUAGUUCAAGAACAAAAUGAUUUAGUUUUGCGAAUAGACAGUCAAACAGAUAAUGUGGAAAUGAAUAUCAAUGAAGCGCAUGCUCAAUUACUAGUGUUUAUGCGGCGAAUAUCUGCACAAAGAGGAUUUCUUAUUAAAGCCUUUAUUACUAUUAUUUUAUGUUUUGUAGUAUUUGCAUGGAUGAUGUCCGCAUGUACAACGACUCUUGAUUCUGUUGAUUUCUGUGUGGAAGAUGCUACUGAUGAAAAUAUCCGUUUACCUUCUAAACGUCAUUAUCGUCAAAGAGCUCAUUGUAAUCCAUGGUCUGAUCAUACAUUUGAUUAUCCUUUGAAACCGGAGCUGAUGGAUUGGGAUAAGUUAUUUGGAAGUGAUCAAGCUUCUUCAUUGUCUGUGAAUAACAACUCUUUUGAUCCGAUUGUUCGGUUUUUAGAUGUAGGUUGCGGCUAUGGUGGAUUGUUGUUUAGCUUAUCUACUUCUUAUCCAUUUACUCGAAGUGUAGGCUUGGAAAUACGUUUGAAAGUCUGUGACUUUGUUCAAGAAAAAAUUAAAGCAUUACGCUUAAAACACUCUGGUCAAUAUAAUAAUGUAGCUUGUAUUCGUACAAAUGCAAUGAAGUUUUUGCCUAAUUUCUUCCAUAAAAACGGUUGCUCAUUUUGUUCUGAAUUUGGACUAGAUAUAGCGUUCAAAGUGCUCGGACAGUUUUCCGUAUUUUUAAAGACCAGUUCUUAAGAAGAGCACUCAGAAUUUACAUAAAGACGAGCAUCGUCUUAAAGCCCAUAUCUCUGGUUACUUGGUUUAUGUCGGACUGGAACAAUUUUUUCUCCAUGCAUUGCGUAGCAAUAUUGUCUCGUGAGGAACACCACUGAAAUGUUUUCUCAGAUUUCUUGCACCUCCAACCUAGCCAGUUUUCCAAGACUAAGUGUAUACGUCUGCAUCAAAACUUGGAAAGAGGAAAUCAUAUAUUCAAAGUUCUGUUUGUAAAAGCCUAAGUUGUGUACUAUGCUCCAAGUCUCACCUUCAAACGGAAUUUGUAUCAACAGUAAUUAUUCUUCGCCACUCUCUUUCAUCAGCGUUUGCGGGUUGAGAAACAAAAUUAUAUGAGACUAUUCCGAAAGUUAGGUCUCAUUUUUGCUCUUAAGCAGUUUGUUGUUUAAUGUUAAGCCGAAAUUCCAGGUAAAGACUAUCCAACUCUAUGAAGGCUUGUUACGCCUUCACAAUAGCUGUCUUAAUACAAUAAAUUGUUCUGAC